CAGCCGGGAGAGAGAGUCCGGCCCGCUGAGGAUUGGGAGCUGCUACCUGAAUGUGUUGGAGCGGGGCUGGGAGCUGGUUUGUGAACCUGGCUUGUAAAACUUGGCUACCGGGCUCCUUUCCUCCAGCCAUCUGAACACUAUUAAAGUUAUCGCUGUUAGUGGUUCCGCUAGGCGAGGAGCUUCUCGUGGACAGGGACUGUAUUUAGUUCAUCCCGGUGUCUCCAGCGGUGCGUACAGGGCCUGGAACAUAGUUUUAUUCAGGUGAGGAAUACUGUGCCUAUCACUCAACAAGUUUCACCCUUCUGUCUAAAUGACUUUUGUGCCAGUAAUACCAGAGUCCUACAGCCAUGUUCUCGCAGAGUUUGAGUCUCUGGAUCCAUUACUCUCAGCCCUACGGCUGGACUCCAGUCGUCUAAAGUGCACGAGCAUAGCUGUGUCUCGGAAAUGGUUGGCUUUGGGCAGUUCAGGAGGAGGACUCAAUCUCAUUCAGAAAGAAGGCUGGAAGCACAGGCUUUUUCUUUCACACAGGGAAGGUGCAAUUUCUCAGGUCGCCUGUUGUUUACAUGAUGAUGAUUAUGUUGCUGUAGCUACCAGUCAAGGUCUUGUAAUUGUUUGGGAAUUAAAUCAAGAGCGUCGUGGGAAACCAGAACGAAUUUAUGUGUCUUCAGAACACAAAGGCCGAAAAGUUACAGCUCUCUGUUGGGAUACAGCUAUUCUUAGAGUUUUUGUAGGUGAUCAUGUAGGGAAAGUUUCUGCCAUCAAACUCAACACUUCUAAACAAGCAAAGGCAACUGCUGCCUUUGUGAUGUUUCCUGUUCAAACAAUAACAACAGUUGACUCCUGUAUUGUCCAGUUAGAUUAUAUGGAUGGAAGACUACUUAUAUCUUCACUUACUCGAUCUUUCUUGUGUGACACUGAAAGAGAAAAGUUUUGGAAAAUUGGAAACAAGGAAAGAGAUGGGGAAUAUGGAGCUUGUUUCUUUCCUGGAAGAUGUUCUGGGGGCCAGCAACCUCUGUUAUAUUGUGCUCGCCCUGGCUCCAGGAUGUGGGAGGUGAACUUUGAUGGUGAAGUUAUAAGUACACAUCAGUUCAAGAAACUCCUUUCAUUGCCACCUCUCCCUGUGAUUUCUCAAAGAUCGGACCCUCAGUAUGAUCAUACAGUUGGAUCCUCCCAGUCUUUGUCUUUCCCCAAACUCUUGUAUCUUAGUGAGCAUUGUGUGCUGACUUGGACAGAAAGAGGAAUUUAUAUUUUCAUUCCUCAGAAUGUUCAAGUUCUUCUUUGGAGUGAAGUCAAAGAUAUUCAGGAUGUAGCUGUCUGUAAGAAUGAACUGUUCUGUUUGCACGUAAAUGGGAAAGUCUUACAUCUUUCCCUGUUAUCUGUGGAGCGCUGUGUGGAACGCCUGCUGAGGAGAGGCCUAUGGAACCUGGCUGCUCGCACAUGCUGUCUUUUCCAAAAUUCUAUCAUUGGUAGCAGAGCAAGAAAAACGCUGACUAUAGAAAAAUUGGAGCAUUUGAAAUCUCAGCUGGACCUUGCAACGUAUAGUGAUUUAAUUUCUCAACUUGAAGAAUUGAUCUUAAAAUUUGAACCUUUGGAUUCAGCUUGCAGCAGUAGAAGAAGCUCCAUUUCAUCACAUGAAAGUUUCAGUAUUUUGGACUCUGGUAUUUAUCGUAUCAUUAGUAGUAGAAGAGGCAGUCAGUCGGAUGAAGACUCUUGCUCCCUUCACAGCCAAACCCUCUCAGAAGAUGAGAGACUUAAAGAAUUCACCUCACAUCAGGAAGAGGACCAGCCAGAUCAGUGUUGUGGCUCACCUGGGAAUGAAGGUGAUGAAGACAAUGUUUCUCAUGUUCCAGUGACGUUUGAGACAGAUAAGAAUGAAACUUUUCUCCCCUUCGGCAUUCCAUUAUCAUUUCGUUCCCCAUCUCCUCUUGUGUCUCUUCAAGCUGUCAAAGAAAGCGUUUCUAGCUUUGUGCGUAAAACCACUGAGAAGAUUGGCACCCUUCACACAAGCCCUGAUAUGAAAGUGAGACCAGAACCCAGGGAUGAUGAACAAUCAUGUGAAGAGGAUGUGAGUUCAGUUACCUGCCCAAAGGAGGAAGACACUGAGGGGAGAAAAGAGAUAACUAGUCAACCUCUAGAAGAAGACAGGUUCCAAGCGCUCAAAGCAGCAACAGCAGAAGCAAUGACCAAGCUACAGGACCCUCUGGUUUUAUUUGAACCCAACUCUCUGAGAAUGGUUUUACAGGAGUGGCUUUCACAGUUAGAAAAAACAUUUGCCACGAAAGACUUUUCAGGCAUUUCAGAUACUGGCAACUUAUCCAUGAAAUCAAACCAGGAUAUGCUAUUGCUUAAUGAAUCAAAAAAGGGAAUAUUAGAUGAAAAUAAUGAAAAGGAAAAAAGGGACACUUUAGGCAAUGAAGAAACUGUUGAUCAAACAACAUGUGAAUCUGUAAGUAGUCUGAAGGAGUCCUCAGAUGACCUUUUUCAAGUAUGUUCUCCAUGUACCAUAGCAAAUGGUUUUCAGAAGGACCUGGCUGAAUUGACAACGUUGUGUUUGGAAUUGAAUGUAUUGAAUUCUGAGAUGAAAAGCACAAGCAGACAUAUGGACCACACUUUUCAACUCUGCUCUCCUGAAAUUCUGGCUUGUCGGUUCCUAAAGAAGUACUUUUUUCUCCUGGACUUGAAAAGAGCAAAGGAGAGUAUCAAGCUUAGUUAUGCUAACAGCCCUUGUGUUUGGGAUACUUUUAUUGAAGGAUUGCAAGAAAUGACUAGUUCCAAUCCUACGUGUACGCAGAUGGAAGAAGGAGACCUACCAACGAGAUUAAAGUUAUUAGAUGACUCAGUUCCUUUUGAUAGUCCUUUGUUGAUUGCUUAUGCUACCCGGUUGUAUGAGAAGUUUGGGGAAUCUGCUCUUCGAUCCUUAAUCAGGUUUUAUCCAUCCAUAUUGCCUUCGGAUAUCAUGCAACUUUGUCAUCAUCAUCCUGCUCAGUUUUUGGCCUAUUUAGACAGUCUGGUGAAAUCAAGGCCCGAAGAUCAGCGCAUGAAGAUUGGUGACUUUUCUGCCAAACUUUCUCUUAGGUCGUCCUUCCUUGAGUCUUUUCUACAACCAGAAUCUUUAAGAUUGGAUUGGCUGCUUUUGGCAGUGUCUCAUGAUGCUCCACCAAGCACAAGCACAAUGGAUGAUGAAGGAUGCCCCAGGCCUCAUUCACACUUGCUUUCCUGGGGUUACAGUCAGCUGAUCCUUCAUCUAAUUAAACUUCCUGCAGAUUUUACAACCAAAGAGAAAAUGACGGACAUCUGUAGGUCUUGUGGUUUCUGGCCUGGAUAUCUUACUCUCUGUUUGGAGCUGGAGAGAAGAAGAGAGGCCUUCACCAACAUUGUGUACCUGAAUGAUAUGAGCCUGAUGGAAGGGGACAGUGGUUGGAUCCCAGAGACUGUGGAGGAAUGGAAGCUUCUCCUACGUCUUGUACAGAACAAGAGCACAAGGCCAGCCCCCCAGGAGUCACUAAAUGGGAACCUCAGUGAUGGGCCUUCCCCCAUCAAUGUGGAGAAUGUGGCACUCCUGUUAGCCAAGGCCAUGGGCCCUGAUCGGGCUUGGUCACUGCUACAGGAAUGUGGUCUGGCUGUUGAGUUGUCAGAGAAGUUUACCAGAACCUGUGAUAUCCUGAGGAUUGCUGAGAAAAGGCAGAGAGCCUUGAUACAAAGUAUGCUUGAAAAGUGUGAUCGGUUUCUCUGGUCUCAGCAGGCCUAGUGGGAGAAGAUUUGGCAAGAUGUUAUGACAUUUUGAGAAAAACUGAAUCCUGAACCUUCUGAAUGCAUUUGUUAUUGAAGGAAAGGCCCCACCCCAAAACCCUGCCACUUUAUUGGGGCUACUUUUGUCAGUGUCUAUAACCUUGGCAUUUGUGGCUUAGCAACCUCAGUAUUUCUCAACCAAAGUUAGAUUUUGUAAGGAGUCAGUCCUUGUUUGCUGGAAUCAGAGUGUGCAUGUUCACAGCUGUGUGGUCUUUAUUCUUGCAGUUCAGCAGUAUUAUUUGCUCGUCCCCAGUGGAUUAAAGGGAGUUCUUUUCCUACCGUGGCUCCCAUGUUAGGAGCAGAAGCUUCUCAUCCUGGUGAGAAGAAGACAGAUAAUGUUAUUGACUGGAAUUGAAUUCUUUUUAUAUCUUGUCUGAGGCAGUCUAGAAAUUACUGAAAGAAGACCUGGUAUGAUGGAAUUAACGCAUAAAAUAGGUGAAACACUGAAGAUUCAAAUUAGAAAUUUGAAUAAAAUGUUCCUAUAUCUAAAUUAAGCUAAUUUAAAAUAUUUUUUUCUUAGUAUUUAUUUGACAUUUUCUAAUCUGAAGCAAUAUAUACAACUGACUAACUCAUUACUGGAAAUGUGUUAUCUUUAAUCUUUCCUAAACUGAGUAGCCUUAAAGAAUUAUGCACUUUUAAAAAUUAUUUUUUAAAAAGCCAAAAUAAAAGAAA